AUGGGCGACGAAAGCCACCCGAAAACUCUCUACGUCGGUAAUUUAGACGCGAGUGUGACAGAAGAAUUUCUAUGCGCGUUGUUCGGACAAAUAGGCGAAGUUAAAGGCUGUAAAAUAAUACGCGAGCCCGGCAACGAUCCUUAUGCUUUCCUUGAGUUUACAAAUCACACGGCAGCAGCAACGGCCCUGGCCGCCAUGAACAAGCGAGUGUUUCUUGACAAGGAAAUGAAGGUUAACUGGGCUACGAGUCCUGGUAACCAACCGAAGACGGAUACGAGCAACCAUCACCAUAUAUUUGUAGGUGAUUUGUCUCCCGAGAUCGAAACGCACAUUCUUCGUGAGGCUUUCGCACCGUUCGGUGAAAUUUCCAAUUGUCGAAUAGUACGCGACCCUCAAACGCUCAAAUCUAAGGGAUAUGCUUUUGUAUCAUUUGUUAAGAAGGCUGACGCGGAAGCCGCUAUCCAAGCAAUGAACGGUCAGUGGUUAGGUUCUCGCUCCAUACGUACAAAUUGGUCGACACGUAAGCCUCCCACCAAUAGACCCAAUGAAGGCGCGCCCAGUAGCAAACGAGCCAAGCAGCCAACAUUCGACGAGGUAUAUAACCAGAGCUCACCGACGAAUACGACCGUGUACUGUGGGGGUUUCACAAGUAAUGUCAUCACUGAAGAGUUAAUGCAAAGCACAUUCUCACAGUUUGGUCAGAUACAAGAUGUUAGAGUGUUUAGGGACAAAGGCUAUGCAUUCAUUAGGUUCACAACUAAGGAGGCAGCAGCGCAUGCAAUUGAAGCGACACACAAUACAGAAAUUAGUGGACAUACAGUCAAAUGUUUCUGGGGAAAAGAAAAUGGUGGUGGAGAGAACCAGAGUACAAAUAACCCACCUGCAGCACCAGCAGCCAUGGGAGCACAAACACAGUAUCCUUAUGCAUACCAACAAGGAAUGGGAUAUUGGUAUGCCCAGGGUUACCCAGCAUUACAAGGAUAUAUGGCCCCCGGAUACUAUCAGCAGUAUGCCACUGCGUAUAGCAACCCGCAGGCAGCAGCAGCAGCCGGCUACCGCAUGAGCAUGCCGGGCGGCGCGGGCGCGGCGGGCGCCUCGUGGGGCGGGGCGCCGCAGCCGCUCAUCGCGCACGCCGCCCGCCCGCCGCCCCUGACGCCGGCCGACCGCGCCCCCCGCACCCGCACCCGCCCCCGCACCCGCACCCGCCCCCCGCCGCCCCUCAAGCCGCGGUACGUUCCAUUCCACGUUCCCCCGAUGUACCCGCGCGCUCCCCCCCACCCCGGCCCCCUCGUCCCCUCCUCCUCCCCCCCCCCCACCCCAGCGCCGCCCGCGCCGUGCCCCUCCCCGGCCGGCGGGCGGACGUUGACCCCGUCGGCCGGGGAGCUCGCGGGCGCGGCCGCGUUGCCCGAACUCUCCCGCGUGCAAGAACCGUUGCCGUGGCGAGUUCAUUGCACUCAUGACCUCAAACUGCAUCACAUACGGGCGGGGGGCGGGGCGAGGGUUGAGGCGUGCGGGAAGGGGGCGGCGGUCGUCCAAACUCCGAAAAGCAGCACCCAACACUUCGGGCGGACAAGACUUUUCCGAUGGCGGGCGGACUGUACUCAGUUGCUGUCGGCUCACCGGCCGAUCCACAUAGAUAGGACA